GUUUUUCUAGCUACUGAAAGAAUACACUUGUAUGUAGUGAAAUCACGUACUUUGUGUUUUGAAAGGAACACUGUGUCCUCUUUUCAGGAUUCGUUUGCCAUUUGUUGAUAUUGAAAGAACUUGGUUGAGCGUAAGAUUACUGCUAACAGCUAGCUAUCUCUCAGUGGUCCAGCUGAUUCUUGAUGUAACGUAAUUUAGCUUUACAUGAUAACGUUAACGAUGUAGUUACCUGGACAGUAGUUUUGAGUAUUGCUAUCCAUCCGACAAAUACAUCUAGAUAUCUGCCAUGUGUUGCCAUUUGAUGGCAGUACUCAACGUUACUGUUUAAUGCAAGAAUAUCUGCAGACGUUGAUCGAACACGAUGGCUAUGAGGAGUGAGGCCAGGGUGGAAGCAGAAGUUGAGGAGGAGGAGAGUUUUGGGCCCCAGCCUCUGAACAGACUUGAGCAAUGUGGCAUCGGUGCCAGUGACAUUAAGAAACUGGAAGACGCUGGCUUUCACACUAUCGAAGCUGUGGCAUAUGCUCCAAAGAAGGAACUGCUUAACAUCAAGGGCAUCAGUGAAGCAAAGGCAGAGAAGAUUUUGGGUGAAGCGGCUAAACUAGUGCCUAUGGGGUUCACCACGGCAACAGAGUUUCACCAGCGACGGGCUGAAAUCAUCCAGAUAUCCACAGGCUCCAAGGAGCUGGACAAACUACUUCAGGGUGGCAUUGAGACGGGCUCCAUCACGGAGAUGUUUGGGGAGUUCAGGACAGGAAAGACGCAGUUGUGUCACACCCUUGCAGUGACCUGUCAGUUGCCCAUUGACCAAGGUGGUGGAGAGGGUAAAGCCAUGUACAUAGACACAGAGGGGACCUUCAGACCAGAGAGACUGCUAGCCGUGGCUGAGCGGUAUGGGUUAGUGGGGAGUGAUGUCCUAGACAAUGUAGCCUACGCCCGAGCCUUCAACACGGACCACCAGACUCAGCUGCUGUAUCAGGCAUCUGCCAUGAUGGCUGAAUCCAGAUAUUCCCUGCUGAUUGUGGACAGUGCCAUGGCGCUCUACAGGACGGACUACUCUGGCAGAGGAGAGCUCGCCGCUCGCCAGGGCCACCUGGCCCGCUUCCUGCGCAUGCUGCUGCGCUUGGCUGAUGAGUUUGGAGUGGCGGUUGUCAUCACCAACCAAGUGGUGGCUCAGGUGGAUGGAGCGGCCAUGUUCUCAGCCGACCCCAAAAAGCCCAUAGGUGGCAAUAUCAUGGCACACGCUUCCACUACAAGGUUGUAUUUGAGAAAAGGCAGAGGAGAGACUAGGAUAUGUAAGAUCUACGACUCCCCAUGUCUACCAGAGUCGGAGGCCAUGUUUGCCAUUAACCCAGAUGGUGUUGGAGAUGCCAAGGACUGAAAAGCAGUGUUUCUGUUCUGAGGAGCACACACACACACACACACAGCCCUUUGGAUCCGCACAGCUUCAGUAUAUGAUGCCCUGGUGGAAAGACAAGCUAAAGUUUUGUUGAGAACUCGUCUGGCAUCGUGAAGCUUAUGAAACCGGCACACAACUCUGAGCUGCAGCUGAGAUGUACAUGUUUUGAAGUGGCACUCACCCCGUAGUGGCAGAAGAACUACUUGGGAGUUGAACGGUUUUGGCACAGGUGUGCUUGAAAAAGGUGCACACUUAAUACAUUUAUUUAUCCCCAG